AUGUUCAUCCUCGAUCCCUUGGCUCUCUCCUUUCAGUUCCAUCGUUCACUUCGCCUCUUGGUGGCUUUUCACUACCUCAUGGCGCUGGCCGAUGUGCUGCCAAAGGUGCUCGCACACGCACCGGCCGACCUGCAAUGUUUGUCAUCGCUACGAGGAGCCAACCGAUACGCCAAAGAGCGUGUGGAAGCUGCAUGGUGGACAGAGCAGGUGCGAAAGAUGAAAGCCUUUGUGGAUCAUCAUGCUAAUCUAUUUGCUGAUGAUCCAGAGAUAGAUGAAGAGAAUGACGAUGUGACCAUUGAAGAGCAGCAGGAAGCCUUUGCUCGGAAUAUCUUACUUUGGGUCAAGCCACUCCUGGUGAAUAAGCCGUGGAGACCACAACCUUCGGCACCUGGCACAGGUGAGGUGACUCCGCAGGCAGCAUACAUCAAUCUGAGAAGGGCAAUCGUGAACUUGGGUGAGAGAGACAACCAAGUGCUCCGAGACAUCCUCCAACAAGCGCGCUGCAUCGAGCGCCAUCAUCUGAAGCAUCCCGACACGGUGCACACCGUGGUGUCGCACGCCGAUCGCAGGCAGAUGGAUGAACCCAUUUCACAGAUGGUGGCGAACCGUGAGACCAGCGAGGUGAGGAGUGAAGAUGCUGUAUCUGGCUCUUUUGCACAGACCGCAAUCAGGAGAAAAGGAAUUACCAGAGACGAACUGAUGACCAUGUUUCAGCAGAAAGGACUUUCGGAUCAAGUGGCUCAGGAAUUGCUCAGAGAGAUGGAGCUGCGGGGUCUAGUCGCAGCUCCAGCCCUUUUGGAGCGUUCCGAGGCUUCUCCCAGUGCUCCUCCGACCUGUGCUGGUGCUGACCAGGAGGCAGUUACAGCAGCGGGUGAGACAGAGCUGCAUUUGGCUGCACGGAGUGGCAAUCAUUUUGCUGCAACUUUUCUGCUUGCCAUGGGAGCUGACAAGGAAGCAGUAACAGCAGGAGGCUUUGAGGCUCUCUCUGUGGAUCUGAGUGCCUUCAAUUUCACCCCGACAUAUGCCUUGGCCUUCCUGUUGCAGCGCUUUGAUGAUCACAAGCUGAUGAUUGAGCUUGGCUUGAUGGAACGCUUGCUGGAAGCGAAGGCACAGAUCAAAGAAGAGAUGCAAACACGCUUUGAACAGCCCGACCUGCCGGACCUCCGUUUGCCUUGGAUCCACUGCAUCAUCAGUCUGGUGACCUUGUCAGGCCCAAAGCUCUUCAACGGUGCCAAGGGCAAAGAGUUCGAAGAACUCAUCGCUGGUGCCUUGGACUUUGCCAACGACUUGCAAUUCGAAGGUCGGAUGAAGAUCCAACGUGGAAUGAGUGGUCUGGUCCUUGAUCUGGAAUGCCAACAGGCGUUGGGAGCGGCCUUGGCACCUUUGAGUACCAAGGCGGUUCAGUUCAACGUGCUCAAGCCAAAGUUCACGCUCUACCUACUGGCUUUGGUUUGUAGUGCUCCCACGGUGGGUCUACGAAAGGGCGCCUGCGACUAUCUCUCCGAGAUGCUGCAGAAGGGCACUCAGUCCUACUUGGCGGGCGCCGCGUUCUUGAAAGCCAAUUGUCUCCAGGCCUUCCGGAGGAUUUUGACCGGUCCGCUGGACGACUUGGCCGCCAGCACCUCCCGCAUGAUGAUUGCCCUCUCCAAGUCUUGCUACGGUGUGCACGUUCACAUGCUGGAUAUCUUGGAGACGGUGCUCGCGGCCAUCGGAAAUCCGGCCUCUGGGUCCUUGACAGUCAUCUCCCUCUCGGAGCUCUUCGUGGCUUUGAGUGAUCAGCGAACUGUCGAGGUGCUGGGCGGGAUCAUCGAGUUGCCCAACAUCAUGGCCUUCCUGGGCCUGGCGCGCUCCUCCGUGGCCGCCCGUCGCGAGCUGGUGCAGAAGUGGCUGGAGAACUUUGGUUCCUCCCUCUAUGAGCUGGAUGAGGUGUCGGAGUCCUUUGCGAAGAGCACCCUGGAGGGACUUCUGUACGUCUCCUCACGUUCGACCUUGGAUCCGGACGAGGCCACGGACUUCCGCAAAGCCCUGUCCGGAAGACCCAGCGUCACCCGCGACCGUCACGUCGAACGGGUGUUUGCCUUCGUUCCUCGCGAUCUGCAAUGCCUAGCACCCUUGAGGGUAACAAGCCAAGACGCCAAAGAAAGCGUCAAAGUUCGAUGGCGUGAAGCUCUAUGUUGGAAAGACAUGGUGAAAGACGCCAUUGAUUCGGCACCGGCCAACUUGCACAUUACCUCAGCCCUGAGGGUGGCCAGCCAAUAUGCCAAAGAGCGUGUGGACACAAGAUGGUGGACAGUACAGGUACAAUAUUUGAAAGCCUUUGUGGAAAGACAUGCAUGGCUUUUUGCUGAUGAUCCAGUGUCAGAGGAAGAGAAUGAAGACAUGACCAUCGAAGAGCAACAAGAAGCAUUUGCUCGGAAUAUUUUGCUCUGGGUAAAGCCACUCCUGAGGAAUCAGCCGUGGAGGUCUACAGUCCAUGCUUAUGCAUCGGAUGAAGUGACCCUGCAAGCAGCCCAUUUCAAUUUGAGAAGAGCACUGGCAAACUUGAGUGAGAGAAGGAACGAUGUGCUCCACGACAUCCGCCAGCAAGCACGUUGCAUCGAGGACCAUCAUCUCAGGCACAGCAACGCCGGCAGACACACCGUGCAUACCAUGGUCUCGCGGGACACGACGGUCGCCCACCUCGAGACGACGGAGAUCAGAAGCGAAGAUGCCAUGUUUGGAUCCCACGCCCACACCGAAGUGACCAGAGACGGGAAUGUCAGAGCAGAACUGGUGACCAUUUUGAUGCAGGAAGGCAUGUCUGAACAGCAGGCUCAUGCGGUGCUCAGACGCAUUCAGCAGCGAGGGAUGAUGGCUGCCAUGGCCAUUUUGGAUCCAUCGGAGGUCAGUUUAGAAUCCUAUGAAGAAGGAAGUUUGCCACAUCCUCGCAGACAGCAGAAACUGGACUCGCAGCGCAGCUAUCCAGAAACUGGUUGGCUUUCUUGGCUGAAGAAGCCGAUCGCCAAGAGGAUUGCAGCUGCCACUGUCAGGCCUUUCGAAAAGGCCAGCCGACUUCUGAUCAAGACGAUCAAGACGGCAGGGGUCCGUGGACUGCUUGCAGCUGCGGAGCAUUAUACUGCUUUGCAUCUGGCAGCCAAGAAGGGCGACCAGGCUGUAGUACGUAAGUUACUCCAGGCAGGUGCUUUGCAUUUGGCUGCUAUGAUGGGGCACCAGGAUGUGGUAAACGAGUUGCUGCAGAUGGGUGCAGAGAAGGAAGCCGCAACAAGACUUCAUUACACAGCACUGCAUUUGGCUGCGCAGAACGGCCACAAGGAGGGCUAUACUGCACUGCAUUUUGCUGCUAUGGAGAGACACCAGGAUGUGGUGGACCAGCUGCUCCAGGCAGGUGUCGAGACCUGGAGGAAUUCCUACUUCGGUCCUUACGAGUUCCUCUCCGAGACGGUGAUGUCUUCCUUGGUGCCCAUGUGCGAGAUGCAGCCGGACUUGUGCGGCGCACUGGUGGCCCUGUUCCAUAGCUUCAUCACGCACGGUGAGACGAGGUUGUUGGAGCGUGUGUGGGCUGGUGGUUUCGUGCCAUGGCUUUGCAAACGCUUGGGCGACAAGUCGAAGAUUCAGCUGGCGAUGGCGGAGCGAGAACCCUUGGUGGUGGAAGGUGGCUCCAAGGAGAUUCCGCGCGACGUGCCGCACCAAGUCGCGAAAGGUUGGGAUCGCCACAAGGAUAUGGUCAGCAUGCAAGCGAUGGUGGUGCGCAUCGUCACCGAGCUCUACAACCUCUUCCCCGCCGACUUCGGGGCCGCGGUGGCCAAAGAGGAAUCCUUGGUGCGAAACUUGCGCGAGCAUGUGACCUUCUACUGCCAACAGACCGACUGGCCCAUGAAAGAAGACAAGGAGGUGACAGAUGCUGUGGAAGCGAUCAUGUGCUAUGAGAUGCAGCUGGCCCUGCGACUGGUCUACGACAUCAACGAAGACUUACAGCGGCUGCUGGUGCAACAGGGUCUACUGGGCGUUUGCUGCACCAUCCUAUUGCCAACCCCCAAGCGGCAACAGGAGAUGCGCGCAGCCAUUGGAGAAGAGAGGAGCGACGAGGACUUCUCCGAGACGCUCACCUUGCAGGAGGCCAAGCUGCUGGCGGGUGCGGUGGCCAGCCGGCUCCUGUCCUUGCCUGAUGCUUACAAGUACAUCCAGGAUCGACGAGCACGUGUGCAUGCACUUGGAAUGUUUUCUCAGAUUCAUCAUUGGAGUGAUGCAGUCUUCGAGCAACAGGGCAGUAUCGCUGAGCUGUCCACUGUCACCUUGCUCGAGAGGCAGAGCACGCUCUACAUGGCCAUGCUCUCGUGUGAGACCUUGGACUGGUGCCUUGAGAAUUUGGGGUUGGGUCAGAUGGACGUCUUCACACCGAUCUGGCUGCGCUUGUGGGCCUCCCAUCCUAACGUGGUCAUCAAACACCACGCCAUGCGGCUCUUCAGCAACUUCUGUCAGGUGCAUUGCUUGUUUGCUUCGGUGCUGCAAGCGGAAAGUCGAGCCAAGUUGGCCAACGAAGCGAUUCACCGAACCUUUGGCUUUUGGGAUGUGCGUGAGCUGCGACAUCUUCUACGCUUGAUGGUGGCGGUGCUGUGCCACGUCCUUUCGAUCCCCACCUGCAACGUGCACUUCAGCGCGUUGGUCGCUCGGAUGUUGGCGCGCAAGCUGGAUUGUCCCAAGCUGGCGGAGACGCUACGUUUGGGGGCCGCGCCACGCGCCAGUAGCUUCGCCUCGAAGUACAUGUUCCGCACGGGCUACCUGCAGCAGAUCCUCUCUUGGUGUGAAAAGCCAGGGGAUCAUUAUUCCAGGGCUUGGGGCCUUUGGCUGGUCUUGACGAUGCUCUCCUACGAAGCGAGCGAAGAAAAGCUCAAGGCGCAAGCGGAUACCUUAGACCCGGAGGCCGUGUUAGUGAUGGAGGAGGUGUCCUUGGAGGAGGUUCAAGUGGAGCGACGCAAUCGCCUGCUGGACGAACAGGAGGCCGCCGCUGGCAAGAGCAGCGCAGAGAUCCAGGAGAUGCGAAGCAAACAGCCCGAGUGCAAGACCCGAAUCCAUUGGCUGCGCUCCUCGCGUGAGCUCAUCCGCGCCUGUGCACUCUCAGCUGGGAAGUGCAUCUCGUACCAAUGGAAGGAUUCUCAGCAAUUGGGUUGCGUGGCAUCCGCGUGGUGUCUCGUUGAACUGCCAGAGUUCAUUCAGACGGCCGUGGAAAGCAUUGACAGCAAGGUGGUCUCCAAGUGUUUGACUUUGCCGGAGAAGUCGCUGCAGCUGGCAGCGCUGCUCUUGGUCUCCGUGGUGUCCUCGUUGCGGCUGCAGCUCAACGCCGCUGGGUUUGAACUCGGAGUGCAAGACCUCGACUUCGUUUGUGAGAUCCACACUUUGCAAGAGUUCGCAGUUGUGAGCAGUUCUAUAUUCAACUCUUUGUCCAGACUGGUGGCGCGGGAGACCGCCGCGGCACCCAGUGGAAGGUUGCAGGAACCAGAAGAGCAAAACCUGAUGUUGCAGGAACCAGAAGUGCAAGAGCAGGAAGAACUGCAGGCUGUGCAGCAGGCUUUGCAGAGGGCCUAUUUGGAGGAGGAGGCGAUUUUGGAGCUGCAAGAGUUCCUGCGGCGUUUCCAUCAUAUGCAGCAGAUCUUGAUUGAAUCCUUGUCCAGCAGCGGUGAGGGGCCAUACGACAUGAUCGCCAGGAUCGAGUUGGAUUUUUAUGUGAUCGUCGACAGGGUGAAUCAACUCACCAGGAAGCUUGAAUACCUCGAAGAGAUCGAGGUGGCUCCACGAACCGAUGAUGGGACUGUCCGGAACGCCUGGGGGGUCGACCAGACGGGUCGACGGGUCAACAGGCCCAACGAGAACGAGUUUAGAUGUUUGGUAUCCUUUAUGAUUGGCCUGGACGCCCAGCUCCACGCGGCGAGGGAGAAGCCCUCCUUCUCCGCGGGUCAAUGCAUUUGUCCGCCCUUGGCGUCGACGCCAUCCUUGGACCUGGAGUCCUCCCUGGCGGCGCCGGGCAAGGCGAGGCCGACGCGGACAGAACCGGCCGAUGGAAAGCUGGUGGAGUCGCUGGUGCCCGUGCGGGAGCCCUUGCCGCCAGUGGACCCGAAGGCGAGAAAGGCUGUGGAGCAGGUCGUGGAGGCCGAGCCUCUGGGCGCUCCGCCGGUGGCGGAGUGCGGAACUCCUCCGGCAGCGCUCUUGGACAAGAUUGCGGAAGAGGUGAUGAAGGAGGAGACGGUCUUUGGGGAGUUGUGCCAUUUACUCUUCGCGCUGGCGGUCAUGGUGCCCUCGCACCCAAAGGCUCGGGUGGAGCGACCAAACCCCACCAUGCCCAGACCGGGGGGCCUCGCUCCUACACGGGCCUUGGCCGAGUCUCCGCUGGAGGAAGCCGCCCAGUCCUCAAGAGUGCGUGGCGCAGCCUUUGCGCAGCUCAUCAAGGCGCUCUACGACCCAGCGGACGGAGAUCGCGCCAAGCCACGUGUCGCCGAGAUCGCCGCGUGUCGCCGCGGUGGACGGUCGUGGAGGAGUGGUACGAGUGGUAGGUUGUUCCUCUACGUCCGGGCGACGGCGUGCGUCCGCUCGGUCCGGAGCACGGAGAGAGGGAAGAGUGAGCUACAGUCAUUGGGAUGGAGUAAAGGAUAUGGUAGAAUCUUAGCAGUGGGAAAGAUGACCGACAUGGAGAACACCGAGUCUUCGAUGGCUGCUCCGGUGACUGUGUCAGAUGAGAGUGGUGUGGCAGCACCCGAAGGUGGCAUGCCAACGGCUAAGGCUCCUGGGCCUAGCCCUCCCCGAGUGGAGAACCCCGAGAUCGAAAACCUUUCGGGGAAUACAGUCCAUGGCGUACUGCUGGGUGGAGAAGACCUUGUCACGGUUCCUUUGGACACAUUGCAGAGGCUUCAGAUGAGUCGAGUGGAAUGCAGCGAAUCCUUCGUUCGCAACCUCUCGUAUGAAGUGGCAAAGUCGGAAGCAGAGCGUUGGCAUAAAGCUGCCAACACGGUGGUAGAGGGCUUGUACAAGUUGCAGGACGAUUUAGAUUUUCUGCAGAAGGCACAUAGUUUGGAUCCAAGUCAAACUCUCGAGGAAAUGGUACUUCCAGCUGAUCGAGGGGUUCACGCUGGUAAGGCUACCACCGAGUUGCAGAUCCUCAUUCAAGCCAGCAACAUUCGAUACACGAAUCUCAGGGCAGGCCCCCGCACCCGUACCGGGCACACCGCUGGUCAGGCGCUGCAGACGAUCAUGGCCUCCUGGUUCGCCGCGGACUUCGGCGCGCGCUUCGUGAUCAGCGAGGAGGGUGGCAAGGACUUCAUCCAGUCGGGGAGCCUGGAGACCGGGAGACCGACCGGGCGUGCCGCGCGGUGGUGGGAGACGGGCCGAGACCAGUGCGGAGUGGUGGUGGGGAAGCCGUGGAGGACACGGGAGGACGUGUGGUGCAGCAUCGUGUGCGAGCGGUUUGUGGUGCAGAGUUGGUGGUGCAAGUAUUUGUUCAAGUUUGCACUAGGCGUGGAUCUUCCCACACAUUUGGUAGAGGCUGGGAUUCGGGAGACAGCACUGGAGAGACCAGAGUCCGAUUUCGACCUCUGCAUGCUGGAGGCCUCCAUGCAGCUCGAGGAGAUCUCAGGCGAUGACGAGCCGCUCGACACGGGGUUCGACGAUCCUUCGGACGACGCGGAGCUGACGGAGCUGACGGACGAGGAGGUGCCGACGGCGCCGUGA